UAAAAGGUGUGCGCCAUGAGUGUGACACAGACAGCGGUUUCUUAUCAGACUGUCGUUGAAGAGUAUAUCAGACAGUUUUACGAUGGCUGGCGGGAUCUCAUGGACAACAAAUCAGAUCCGCGCACCCGAGACUAUCCGCUCAUGAGCUCACCAUUUCCAACGAUAGCAAUCAGCUUGGCCUACGCAUAUUUCGUUAAGGUGUUGGGCCCCAAGCUGAUGGAGAACAGAAAACCCUUUGAGUUGCGAAAAGUUCUGAUUGUGUACAAUGCAGCACAGGUUAUAUUCAGCGCGUGGCUGUUCUAUGAGUCUUGCAUAGGAGGCUGGCUGAAUGGCUAUAACUUGAGAUGCGAACCCGUUGAUUAUUCCUAUUCGCCGCGUGCGAUACGUACCGCAUAUGGCUGCUGGUGGUACUACUUCUCCAAGUUCACCGAGUUCUUUGACACAUUCUUCUUUGUGAUGCGCAAGAGAUACGAUCAGGUGUCCACGCUGCACGUCAUCCAUCAUGGCAUCAUGCCCGUCUCUGUUUGGUGGGGCGUCAAGUUUACACCUGGCGGACACUCGACCUUCUUUGGCUUCCUGAACACCUUCGUCCACAUCUUCAUGUACGCCUACUACAUGCUGGCCGCCAUGGGACCCAAGGUGCAGCGCUAUCUCUGGUGGAAGAAAUACCUGACUGUGAUGCAAAUGAUUCAGUUCGUGCUCGUGAUGGUGCACUCGUUCCAGCUGUUCUUCAAGAACGACUGCAACUAUCCAAUUGGCUUUGCCUACUUCAUUGGCGCACACGCCGUAAUGUUCUACUUCCUCUUCUCCAACUUCUACAAGCGGGCCUAUGUGCAGCGCGAUGGCAAGGACAAAUCGGCUGUUAAGGCCAAUGGUCACACAAAUGCCGAAAUGAAGCAGCUGAAGGACGGCAACAGCAAUGGCAACGGCAAUGCCCACUCAAAUAACUUCCAGAAUCGCUUCCAGAACACCUUCUCCAAAUUCACCACAGAGAUGUGCAAUCCGGCUCUCAACUCCAACUCGACGUCGACGGCGCGACAACGUGUCAAUGCGGGCAACAAGUGAGAGCCGAGCCGAGCC